AUGGCGAACCCACACCAGCUGCGAAGGCAUCUGAGCUCUUCCUCGGAGGAUCUUACUGCCAUGGCCAACGUAAACAGUGGACAGCGCUUCGGGCUGGCACGCAGCGUCUAUGGGGGUGCUGGAGGCUACAACACGCGCAUCUCCGUUGCCCGUUACAUGGGGGGCCCCAGGAACGCCCUCGGGGGGGAGCUGCUUACUGGCAAUGAGAAGAUGGCCAUGCAGAACCUCAAUGACCGGCUGGCAAGUUACCUGGAAAAGGUGCGGUCGCUGGAGCAGUCCAACGCCUCCCUGGAACUGAAGGUCAAGCAGUGGUAUGAAGCCAACGCGCCCAGCAGCCCCCGGGACUACAGUGCCUACUACAGGCAAAUCGAGGAGCUGCGCAAUCAGAUUAAAGAUGCUGAAUUAGACAGAGCACGAUGUAUUCUGAAAAUCGAUAAUGCUAGGCUGGCUAUUGAAGAUUUCAAAAUAAAGUAUGAGGCUGAGAAGGCAAUACGUUUUUCUGUGGAAUCUGAUGUCCAAGGCCUGAAUAAAGUCUUUGAUGAUCUAACACUCAAUAAAGCAGACCUGGAGGUGGAGAUUGAAGAAAGUGCUAAAGAACUGGCUCUCAUGAAAAAAGAACAUGAAGAGGAAGUGAAAAGCCUACGUGGUCAUAUGAACAAAUCCGUCACAGUAGAGGUGGACGCUGCUCCAGGAAGGAACCUUGGUGCUAUCAUGAAUGAAAUGAGGCAGAAAUAUGAAGCCAUGGCCCAGGAGAACCUGCAGAAGGCCAAAGAACAGUUUGAAUUGCAGAUUGGCAGUCUGCAGCAAGAAGUAACAUUGAGCGCAGAGGAACUAAAAGAAGCUGAGGGUCAAGCCAAGAUGUUGAGACAAACCUACCAGUCCUACGAGAUAGAUAUCCGGUCCCUUGUGAACAUGAAAGAAUCUCUGGAGCAGAGACUUGAGGACACCAAGAUUCGCUAUGGCGAGCAACAUGACACCAUUCAGCUACAGCUAAAUAUCCUAAAGGACCAGCUGAUACAAAUUAAGAAUGACACACAGCAACACAUGAAAGAGUACGAUCUUCUCCUGGACAUAAAAACCAGGCUUGAGCAGGAAAUUGCCACUUAUCGUCGCCUUCUGGAAGGAGAAGACGUCAGCAGAGAAGUAGAAAUUCAGCCCAUAGAAGAAAAAGAGUCAAAGAAAAGAAGGAAAAUUAAGACAGUCGUGGAAGAAGUAGUAGACGGCAAGGUUGUGUCAUCUGAAGUCAAAGAAAUAGAAGAAGACAUGUGA